UAGGCUAUAUUCUUUACAGGAAUAAUUCCAUUUCUCACACCAUCACCUCUCCCAUUUGAAGUGGGGGGGCAGCAAAGGGCGAAACCGGUGAUUCUGAAACCCGGAAGUUUGACCCUUCGCGGUGGCGUCUGUGGUUUUGCUUUCUUGGACCGUACCAAGAGCGGAGGGGGAGGCGGAGAAGGCUAUCCGCAAUUUUCUAUUUUGAAAAGCCCGGAAAGAGUUAAAAGCCUUUAUGUAAAUGAAAUUCAGGCGUUUCUCCCGACGGACCGGCGGGCGGGCAGAAGCGACCUUGGCCAAGAAGAAAAUCACAAUGAACUGCCGUUCAGAGGUGCUGGAGAUAUCAGUUGAAGGUCGCCAGAUUGAAGAAGCUAUGCUGGCACUUUUGCACACCAUAUUACUUCAUCGCAGCACAGGGAAAUUCCAUUACAAGAAAGAAGGAACCUAUUCAAUUGGAACAGUUGGCACACAAGAUGUUGAUUGUGACUUCAUUGAUUUCACCUAUGUGAGGGUUUCUUCUGAGGAACUUGAUCGUGCACUGAGAAAGGCAGUUGGAGAAUUCAAGGACGCAUUGCGAAACUCAGGCAGUGAUGGGAUGGGCCAAAUUUCCCUGGAGUUUUAUCAAAAGAAGAAAUCACGCUGGCCUUUCUCAGAUGAGUGCAUCCCUUGGGAAGUUUGGACGGUCAAGGUAAAUGUAGUGAGUCUGGCUAAUGAACAGGAACGACAGAUAUGUCGUGAAAAGGUAGGUGAGAAACUUUGUGAAAAGAUUAUCAACAUUGUAGAAGUGAUGAACCGACAUGAGUACCUGCCCAAGAUGCCUACCCAGUCAGAGGUGGAUAACGUCUUUGAUACAGGGCUGAGGGAUGUCCAGCCCUACUUAUACAAGAUUUCUUACCAGAUCACUGACUCACUUGGGACCUCAGUCACCACCACCAUGCGUCGCCUCAUCAAGGACACCCUGGCACUCUGAUGUCCAGGAUAUCAUGGACCAGACACUUUUGAAAAGCAACACAAGCAAUUGGUUUUCUGCUCUUACCUAGCUCCAGAGCACCACAUCCAUCAUUCUUGGAAAUUUUUAGAUUCUUGACAUCCAUACAUCCUGUUCUCAUUCACUAACUGUUACAGGUCGAGGCUAGAAUUAGCUUGUCCACUAGUUCAUCAUAUCCCAACUUCUUUCAAUUGCAAUAGAGAAUGGAAACCAAGUCCUCUUCAUGUCCUUUUCUGUUAAACUAAAUUCCAUUAGAUGAACUACAGUGUGUCAAUGGGAAAAGAUGGCUUGCAUGCUUCAUAAGUAUUUUGGUAACACCUAAUAUGCAUAAGAUAAUACCAACAUUUGCAUUACCAAUGAGCCGUCAACUAAAAUGUAAACUAGAUGCCCUGAUUUCUUGAUUUUGAGAUCUUCUACAAGGCUGCCAAGGCUGAGGUUAUUUUUCUUGGCAAAAAGUGUGCCUUUCUUUCCUGAUUACCUAAUUGUUAGCUCAUCUCUGGCUUUGGAAUAAUUAAAACUGUUAAUGGGACAUUUUUGCUUCUAGGUGCAUGUCUUCAGGGUGGGCGUGUUUAAGGGUUUCAAGCCUUCCCUCUUUUUUGUAAAUGAAAAUUACAAAAAGGACCCAUUCUACCAUACUUAUUUUUCAGUAGAGUUUGAAAUCUGUAGCCUGUAUUUCUAGAGAAAGAAAAUUCAUGUUUUGUAUAUAUUUUACCAGUGUAAUAUUAUAUGUAUAAAAUAAUCUGAGAAUAAAAAGAAAAUUCCUGUC